GAACGACUCGCCAUGGUGACCCUUACCGUGCACAGCGACACCGGGGAAGAGUUGGUCACACUGGGCCUGGAGCCGCAAGCGACAGUGGCCGAUCUUCAGCUAAAACUGGAGAGCGUCUGUGGGGUGCCUGUGAAACAGCAACUCCUGACCGCGACGGACCCGGCGCCGCGUUGCCUGGAUGCGGCGGAGCUCCUGGCGACGGUGCCAUCGGUGACCCUGACGAGCUUUGCCGACUUGAUCCCAGCGGCUCGCGCCUUCGCCCCGUGCCGGAUCCGGGCCACGGAGCAGCGGGGGAUCCAACGCUGGCAGCUGCAGAAACUGCUGGACUUUCUGCGGCAAAGAUGUGAUGAAGGUGCGAUGCGGUUUCCAUGGGGACAUGCUUCUGGGCCCUUGAUGCUUCAGCAUCUGAAUUUGUAUCAUCUGGCCGACUGGGUUCUGCGCCCUGCCACCCGCGCGGAUCGUUGCAGCUACGUUGAGCUGAUCUCUGAGGAGCCAGGGGCGCAGAUGCCCAAAUGGUUUGUGUCGCAUGCGUGGCAGGAAGCCAUUGUGGAUUUCAUCACCUGCCUGGACGGGCACGGUGCCGUGCGGCAGACCGAGGCAGCCUAUUGGGUAUGCGCCUAUGCCAACAACCAGCAUGAACUGGGGAGUGACUUGCAUUCCAAUCCGCGGGAAACCUCCUUCUUUCGUGCCAUGCAGCUGUGCUCCGGUGUGCUACUGAUUUUGGAUCCCUUGGCCAUGCCCUUCUCGCGCGUUUGGUGUUGCUUUGAGCUGGCCACUGCCAUGACCAGCCACUUCGAGCGGACGCGUUUGCUGCUGGACAUUGCAACGGUGAAAGACGAGCUGGCCGAGGUCUUGACAGACGGCCUGACUAUGCAAGAAGAGCAGCAAGAGAACGCCGUCUGUGCGGGGCGCGGGGGGAAGGAGAAGGCAAAGCGCGAGGAGCGCUUCCCCAUCGAACUGGUAAAGAAGGCCUUGCAGCUGGACAUCGCAGCAGCCAGGGCCUCCAGGGAGCUGGACAAGAUCCGGAUCUUGAACAGCAUUGCUGGUCUUGAAGAGGAUCGACUUGACGAGCCGCUGCCGGAUCCUCUUCCUGCAGAGCGCUUGCAGCGCUACAGAGCCGUGGAUCGAGCGCUGCGCUGCGUCUUCGCACUCAGCAGCGUCAGUCAGGUGAUUAGCAAAGACCUGAAAGAGAUGAUGCCUGACAUCUGUCGCGCCCUGCGUGAGGAGAGUGAGCGAAGGAGCGUGCACAUCUCCUUUGCGAACAGCUUGAAGUUGACGGACGAGGACUUGUGCCACUUGGCGCAAGCGCUGCCUGAGGGUCUGACCCAACUGCGAUUUGAUCUCAGAUCCUGCCACCAGCUGUCGAACGCCUCGCUACUGGAACUGGCGAAAGCGCUGCAGCGAACAAAGCAGCUGAGAUCGCUCUUCCUAGAUUUUUAUAUGUGCUGCAAAAUGACUGAUGUGGGGCUUCUGGAGGUUUGGCGUAGCAUUGAAGACUUGCAGCUCUUGGACUUGGAUAUCAAUGUCCGCGGACUGACGAAGGUGACCGACAAAGUCAUGCCGGCCAUUAUCUCUGGUCUCCGAGGCAAGGCCUUGAGGAAACUGCAUUUGAACCUGGCGCAAACGCGACAAAGUGAUGCGUUGGGCAGUGAGUUGACGAUGGCCUUAGCGGGUCUUCGGCAGUUGGAAAUUUUGAAGCUUUACUUCACCGAGUGUCCGCGUGUGGCCGACAAAACAGCCACCUCCUUGGGAGACAGUUUGCAGGUCAUGGAGAUGCUUUCGGAGUCGAUCUUGUGCUUCUCCAACACAACUCUGACGGAUGACGGCAUGAGCGGCUUCGCACGCGGCGUUUGCACCCUGCGACGCAUGACGCGCAUGACGCUGCGCUUUCGGUGGUGCCCACGGAUCACGGAGCAGUCGAUGGUGAUGCUUGGGGAAGCCUGUGCAGCCCUUCCUCUGCAAAAACUUCAGCUGGAUUUCUCCAAGUGCCAGGCUUUGAGACGAGAAGUGGCCAUGCGCUAUUCAGGUCCCAGCCAGGUGGUGCUUGAGCACUCCGUCUUUCACCGUGUGGCAGCGGAGGAGGAGUUGGUGCCCAACGCAGACGCGAGGACUUCAUCCAAUGAUGAUGCUGAAGAACAGAUCUUAGGCUUGUUUCGAAGAGUGGGAACGGAGACCCUGAGCCCAGAGAAAUUGUUCUCAGUGUUGCAGAAGCUGCAUCCCGAGCUCUCAAAAGAGAGCUUCGAUGCGCUUCUGCGUGCCUCAGAUCAUGGGGACAGCGAAGGCUUCCUCCACUGGCUGCUGGCGGAAAAAACGCGUUGCGAAGCAUUGACAGAAGUAAUGGGUUUAUCGCUUGUCAGCAAAUGCCUAGUGAAGAUGGCACCUCCCAAGGGCAUCCCUACUACUGCGGAGACAUGGCGACCUCUCUGGAAGAAUUCCAGCAAUCCGUACCAAUUCGACCGGCAGUACUUGCAGACCAUUGAAAUCGCCCGUCUGCGGAUGAUGGAGAAGCAGCAAGACCGUAGGUUCACAGACAGUACAGAGGAGAACUUUCCUUGUCGUUAUGGAGAUGAGGUGGUCUCUGAGAGCAGUUGCUUUAUCUUAUUGGAAGGUCUUGGUUCCGGAGCUUUCGGGCAGGUGGUGCGCUGCGCCGCGGCACCCAAGACGGCCGGAGACGACGCUGGUUGCGACGGAUGGCGCCGUGUGCGCCAUGCAAGCCACGUGCGCCAUGCAAGGCCGGUGGCGUUGAAGAUUCUGAAGCACAAGGAUUUUUGUGCGGAAGUGGCACUGGAAGCCGAAGAAGAAGCGAAGAUCCUCCGGGAGCUGCACCAUCCUCACAUCGUCCAAAUGUUGGAUUUCUUCGAAUUCCGCGGCCACCUUUGUAUCGCGCUGGAAUUACUGGGUCGCAACUUGUACGAGUUGAUCACGGAGCACAAUGGACUUCUGUCGAUUCAGCUGGUACAGCAGGCCACAUACCAGGUCUUGCUGGCUUUGGAAUACCUGAAGACGCAUCAAGUGAUUCACGCAGACUUGAAACCGGAAAAUGUCCUGAUGGUGGACUCUGCUUGGCGAUCAGAUGGCAAGGCCCAUUUCAAGGUCAUUGACUUCGGAGGUGCGCGACGGGAAGGGUUUCCCAUGGAGGACUUGGUCCUGCAGACCUUGCCAUAUCGCGCACCCGAGGUUCUCUUGGGUUUGCCAGUGAAAUGUGCGGCCGACAUGUGGAGUUUGGGGUGCAUUUGCAUUGAGCUCUUUGUGGGCGAGUCCCUGUUUUCUCACUCCAAAGACAAAGAUGAGAUCUUGGAAGGCAUGGUGCAACUCUGCGGAAAGAUUCCUGCGUGGAUGCUGAAGCAAGGCACUCGCACCAACGAGUUCUUCGACCGCGUUAAGCAGCGCACGGCAGCACGGACCAAGCCGAGACCCCAGGGACUCUGGCGCCUUUUCGCUUGGGCCUGUAGUCUACGGGACACAUUCGAAGCGUUCCGGCCUCGGACCUCUCGGACGGAUGCAGCGGAUGGCGCCGAGGUCUACAAAUUCAGGAGGCGCAGCGUUGGCCCCGCCUCCACGGCGAUGACGAAGACGACGCUCUUCGGCGCCUUCCGGCGGCGGCGUUACGACCUGGUGAAGGGACGCUUUGGAGCCCCACAGCGUCUUUCGUCGAAGCCGCUGGGGCAACAGCAGCGCCUUCGACGAAACAUGGAGAAACUCAUCCGGAGGAUGUUGGUCUUGGACCCUGAGCGCCGGAGUGAUGCAUCUGAGUUGUUACGGAUGAAGUCUCAGCUGAGCUGA